CUCUUUCGCUGACAGUCGGUUUUCUCAGUCAGUUGUGUGUCUGCAGAGCCCACUGAGUGUUUUUUUGGGGCUCAGUGCGUGUUUUCUCCUCACCUUCAGGAUGAAGGUGUGUGUCCUCCUGAUGUGUGUGUGUUGUCUCUGCUGGAGGACGGAGGCCCAGUCCAGAACGUAUCUCAUAACAGCUCCUCUCUCAUUUCAUUUGAAUGCUAUGGAGACAGUGUCAGUGCAGUUGUUUGGGUUUUCGGAGGACGUAAAAUUCUACAUGUUCUUGAAGACCUCCAUGGCUGUGGGUCAUGUGGUUCUGGCUCAAGAAAUCGUGAUACUCAACAGCGCGAACAACCAUCAGGCCAUCACCAAAUUCCAGCUGCACCCAGGUCAGAUAGAUAAGAGUGUGAGUCAUGUGAUCCUCCACGUCCAAUCAGCAGAGAUCAACCAGCACCUGUCUGUCGCUGUCAGCCGCUCCAAUGGCUUCCUGUUCAUCCAGACCGACAAACCGCUGUACACCCCACUUCAGAGUGUCAAAGUGAGGGCAUUCUCCCUGAACCAGGAGCUGAGGCCGGCCAAUCGCAGCGUCUUUCUGAGCUUUAAGGACCCGGAUCAUACAACAGUGGAUACUGUGGAGAUGAUUGAUGUCAAUAAUGGAAUACCAUCCAUGCAAAACCCCUUCAAGAUCCCCAUCAAACCAAAGCUGGGGAUUUGGUCCAUUGAAGCCUCCUACUCUGAUGACUAUACCACAACAGCGAGAACAGACUUUGAAGUUAAGGAGUAUGUUCUUCCCAGUUUCUCCAUCCUUGUGGAACCAGAAGUGAACUACAUCAGCUACGAACAAUUCAACAGAUUCAACUUCAAGGUCUCUGCCAGCUAUCUCCACGGUGCUCCGUUGGCUGAUGGAGAAGUGUUUCUGCGGUACGGCUACGUUAGCGGCAAGAAUCCUCCAGUUAUCAUCCCCAAAUCUGUCACCAGAGAGACAUUGUCCUCAUCAGGCGAAGUGGAUGUGACUGUUGACAUAGAGAAGGUUCUGUCCAAACACAGCGGACCAAAAGACCUCAACAGCCUGGUGGGGAAGUACUUGUACAUAGCUGUACUACUGCAGGAGGACACAGGUGGCAUCACUCAGGAGAUGGAGUUUGCCUCUGUGAUGUUUGUCAAAUCACCUUACCAUCUGAGCUUGGUGUCCACGCCCCCGUUCCUCAAACCUGGACUUCCUUAUAACAUCCAGGUGUUGGUGAAGGAUCACCUGGGCAAAGCAGUGAGCGGGGUUCCGGUUCGUCUGGUGGAAAGACACCUGUUCAGACAGGGGAAGGAGAAUGAGGACAUGCCCUGUCCUGACAGUGCCAGCAGCCAAUCGGAUGGCCUCGCUGUCUUCAUCUGCAACACGCCGAGUGAAGGGGUCAGGGCAGCACUGACGUUUGAGACGGCGGACCCUGCCCUCCCAGAAGCCAGUCAGGCCAGUCUGAGUCUGAAGGCGGUGGCCUAUCACUCACCAAACCAGCGUUACCUUUACAUCGACCCCCCGCUGCCCGGCCACGGCCUGCAGGUGGGACAAUACGCCAACAUCAAGGUGUACUCGUCCACGCCCUCCUACCUGCCCAUCAGAGCACUUAGUUACAUGGUGCUCUCUAAAGGGAAGGUGGUGGAUAUCGGCAGCCAUAAGUUUGUCUCCAGUGCUGAUAACAGACAGACUCUGAGCUUCCAGGUGACGACCUCCAUGGUCCCGUCUAUCAGACUGCUGGUCUACUACAUCCUGUACGGAGAGGGGACGUCCGAGCUGGUGGCCGACUCUGUCUGGCUGGACGUCAGAGACAAGUGUGUCAACGGACUCCAGUCUGAUCUGUCAUUUCUUAAGCGGGACUACAAGCCAAAAGAUAAGCUCCAGCUGAACUUCAGGACCAAUCAUGAGGGACUGGUGGCUCUGUCUGCUGUAGACUCCGCCAUCUUCACACUACGACCCAACUACAGAGACCCCGUUGCCAUGGUUCUGCGUCACAUCGAGCAGAGCGACCAGGGAUGUGGUGGAGGCGGUGGCAAAGACAGCGCAGACGUCUUCCGAUUGGCUGGCCUCACAUUCCUCACCAAUGCCAAUGCCCAGCCGUCAACCAGCGAUGAGGCGUGCACAGCAGCGGUUCGUCCAAAGCGAGCUCUGACUGAGGAGGAGAAGUUAAAGAAAGUGGAGAGUUUCGGUCCUCUGAAGAUCUGCUGUGAACAGGGGAUGAGGUACAUCCCAAAGAGUAUGACCUGCCUUCAGUUUGCCAAACAGAUAUACAGAAAAUACCCUCGUUGCAGAGAGGCCUUCACAGCCUGCUGUGAGUUCGUGCAGCAGAACCUGGACCAGAACCUUGUCCUGGGACGUUACGAGAUGGGUGCGGACUUCGACCUGGCUCCCUCUUUGGUGCGGAGCUACUUUCCGGAGAGCUGGCUGUGGGAGGUGCAGCGAAUCAGUCCAGGCCAGACGUCUGUCAGCAGGACCCUACCAGACUCUCUCACCACCUGGGAGAUCAAGGCCAUCGGCAUGUUCAAGAACGGCAUAUGUGUUGCGGAGCCGGUCAAGGUGCCGGUCAGUCUGCCGCUCAGUGUGGACGUCCCGCUGCCCUAUCAGGUGGUCAGAGGAGAACAGCUGGAGCUGUCAGGCUCAGUGUACAACCGACAGCCCGACAUCAUCUCGUACUGUGUGACGCUGACGGUCGGCCCAGCGCUCUGUCUGCUCCAGUCCCAGGUAACUGCCGCGGGGCUGCACUCCACGCCCUGCACCUGGCACCGUCUGUCUGCAGGGGGGGUGGACGAAGUGAAAUUCACCCUGCUGGGCCUGGAGCCUGGAGAACACACCCUGACCUUCACCCUGAAGACACGCCAGGGAGACAGGGACAUCCUGGAGAAGAAGCUCCGAGUGGUGCCUGAAGGGGUGAGAAAAGAGGAAUACUCCGGAGGGAGACUCGACCCACAGGGACUCUACGGUACAGAGAAGAGAACAGUGGAGCUGAGGAACAAACCGCCGGCCAACAUCGUCCCCAACACAGCCGUGGAGAGAAUGCUUACAAUCAGUGGGGAAGUUCUAGGUGAGGUCUUGUCAGUGAUGUACAACCCCGAAGGCCUCCGGCAGCUUGUCAACCUGCCGGCCGGGUCAGCAGAGGCGGAGCUAAGUGGACUCCUUCCCCUCAUCCACAUGUACCAGUACCUGGAGACAACGAGGACCUGGGACUUCCUGGGAGCAGAUAUCCAGAAGAACUCAGCAGAUCUGAGACAGAAGAUCAGAGAGGGUCUGGUGGGUAUCAGCUCCUUCAGAGGUGGAGACUCCAGUUACAGCAUGUGGACGAAGCGACAACCCAGCACCUGGUCAGAACACACACCUGAAUCUUAGGUUCCAUUCCAUAAUUCUCACUAUCCAGAUUGUUGAUAAGACCGACAACGACGGCCCCGCGGUGCACGACAAACAACAACUGAUCAGGGAAGAAAUUCUCUACGAUGCUAAAACGAUACGAAAUACGUCCCGGGUACCUACAGGUACAAGUGCAGAAGUACAGGAAACAAAUUAGCCUUUAGGAGACCAAGACCCGAACUAACUUACUCUCUAGAUCCUCUUUAAAUGACCCUGUUCAUACUUAAUAACUACAACAGGGCCUCAGCAGACUCAGCCCAUGUGUCCUUCACAACAGUCAUGUCAUGAAAAGGAGACAAACUACCUGUGGCACUUACACUCAGUUUAAAAAAAACCUACAGAUAAAUUUAUAAUAAACUUUAAACUUUACAAUAAGUUUUUACAUUCAAAGACUUUUUGCAUAUUAAUUUAAAUACUUUCACUUCAAUAUAAAAAAAUAAUAUUUACAGCGUAAUUUAUUUCUGAGUCACCAUUAGA